AGUCAGAUACAUACAUAUACAUACAUAUAUUAUUUUAGUCGAUGCUGGUGAAGCUUGACUUUCCUCAAUAAUGGUCUAUUCUUGUUCUUAUAUAAAUCGGGUUUGGGUUUUCCGGCAUUUUCUCCAAGGAAUCUGCCGAGAAAAUAAUUUCAGAGGGAGCAAGAAAAAAUGGGUACCCUUUCAUUUUCCACUUCAAUUUUGCUCUUCGCCAUUGUUUUCCAUUCAUGUUUAGCGGCGAGCAACGAUGAUCCAUUGACGGGGACAAAAAGGGAAGCAUUAGAAAUAAUUAUCGGCGGCGGAGAAGGCGAAGCUCCAUCACCUUCCGAUGAAUUCCCACUGCCUUCACCGCCAUGCAAGCAUUUCCAGAACGAAAAUGGCUGCUUCGAGAACGCAAGGUUAGCCAAAGCCUACGACGUGAUCCAAAGGUUCAAGGAGAAAAUCAAGGUCGAUGCUAAUAGCAAGAAGUACUUGAAAACAUGGUAUGGAACUGAUGUUUGUAAAUACAGAGGCAUUUAUUGUGACAUACGUCCCGACGUGAAAGAAAAAGCCGUCGCCGGCGUUGAUUUCAACGGAGCUAAAUUUGCCGGUUGUGAUGGUACACUUCCUCUUGAUGGGUUCUUUGAUGAGUUAGAUGAUUUAGCUAUAUUCCAUGCUAAUUCAAAUAACUUCACUGGUUCCGUCCCGUUUAAAGCAUCGAAAAUCAAGUAUUUAUAUGAACUUGAUCUUAGUAACAACAAGAUCGCCGGUGGGUUUCCGAUGAAAACUCUCAGUGCCAUGAAUUUGACCUUCCUUGAUUUAAGGUAUAAUUCAUUAAAAGGUACUGUUCCGCAACAAGCGUUCGAUUUAACCCUCGAUGUGUUCUUCAUCAACAAUAAUAACUUCGCCCCACAAAUGUUACCCACUAAUCUCGGUGACUCGACGGCCGUUUACCUCACAUUUGCUAAUAACAACUUCACCGGAUCAAUCCCGGCGAGUAUCGGCAAAGCUCGAAACCUUCUCGAAGUGCUUUUCCUUAAUAAUCAACUCACCGGGUGUUUACCGUACGAGAUCGGAAACUUGACUCAAUCAACGGUGUUCGACGCCAGUUCAAACAAGCUUACCGGUCCGAUACCGUACUCUUUUGGCUGCUUGAAAAAGAUGCAGAUUCUCAGUUUGGCUAACAAUCAGUUUUACGGUGAAGUGCCAGAGACGGUAUGUGAGCUUCCUAUGUUAAACAAAUUAUCUUUGUCGAACAAUUAUUUCACCCACGUCGGACCGGCUUGUCGGGGUUUGAUAGAGAAAAAGAAGCUCGACGUGAAGAAGAACUGUAUCUACGGCCUCCCUAAUCAACGAUCGGAGAAGGAGUGUGCGGCGUUUUUCUUGAAGAAGAAGGAUUGUCCGAGGAUGGAAACUUUUUAUUUGGUUCCUUGUGUGAAACAUGGUUAUGAUUAUUAUAAAUAUUCCGACGAAGGAAAGUCGCCGGCGGCGGCGCCGCCGGCUAGAACUUAUAGUACUCUUACACCUCAUCAUCGGCUGUGAUUGACUUUUUAAGAUGAUCAUGGAUUUGACCUUCAUGAUCGUGCAUGUGUAUGAUUGGUUUUUUUUUUUUAUGCAUAAUUCUUUCUGCUUCAUACAUUUGAUGCAGAAUCUCAAUGUAUUUAAUUUUAUUUUCGUGAAUAAAUCAAACUUAUUUCAUCUUUUAA